AUGAUGAAUAUGUCUAAUGGACAGAAAACCAACGAGACGAAGCCUCGUCUAGGAAAGGAAGAAGUUGACAUCUUGGAGCGUGAAUUCAAGAGAAAUCCAAAGCCCACGACUCAAACUAAGCGUAUCUUUGCUGAGGAUAUGGGGGUUGAUUUGGCGAGAAUUAAUCAGAAUUGGUUCCAAAAUCGUCGAGCCAAACGUAAGCAAGAGAAGAAAACCGAAGCAUAUGAGGCUGGUCAAGCGCGGGAAGCAUUGGGAUUCUCAGUUUCCGCGCCCUCAUCUCCGGAAUUUCCUCAAAACAACUACAAUAUCGAUUAUCAAAUGGUGCCACAACAGCCAUCUUCAAUGCCAUUCUCUACAAGCGGCCCUCCACCAGCGACGGCUCCCUAUAACCCACAAUAUCAAGAUCCCACUUCGGCGAGUCUCGAGUCUCUUUCACGUACGAUGGCUGUCGUUCAAGCCGCAUCUCAAGAUGGGGGAUAUUCCGAAAGCUUUAAUUUACACCACAAUGGACCUCAGCUCGCAGACAUGUUAGGUAUGACAGAGCCAUCUGAUCUUGAUCGUGCUUCAUUCCCAACCCCCAGUAAUUUCCAUAACUUCGAAGGCAAUCCUUUCACUUUCCAACCCACGUUCCAAAAUGAUAUGUUCCAUGAACCCGAGCCAUUGAAUUCAUUUGUUUCUGUGGAAUCUGGACAUACUCCAACAGCCUUCAACACUUUCUCUGAUGCAAGCACUACACGAUCGCUCUCAAUAGCCUCGGCUUCAUCUCAUGUCAUUCCUCAAUCUUUCACAGAUCUUACUUUUAGGCCACACGAAAGCGGCGACGACCAAGGCCCAGAACACAGCAAUGACGCAACAUCCUCCCUUGCACAGCCUCUCAACUGGAAUGUCAAAUCCGGCUCAUCUCCUCCACCAGCCUCGUCUCUCUUCAAAUCCCCACCUCCACCAACUGAUCUAGCCGCCAGGCGAAAGAAGGUCCACGUUAAACCGGCCGCCUUGGGAACAGAUACGAUGCGAAGUAGACCAUCGAUCGGCCCACGGACCGUAUCGAACAUCGAUGGAUUCCGUCGCCAAGUCGUCAGCCCUCUACCUUCACCCAUGCGCAGGAUCGCUUCAGCAGGUGGUAAUGUUCUAACUGGCCGCAUUCAAAAGGCUGGAAUCGAGUCGGCACAGCGAUCGCCUAUCAAUAUACAAGGAUUCGAAAAUGUUGGUUCGUUCAUGGAACAGCAUUUCCACAUGAUUCGCCAGCCUAGUUUGACAGCCGGUUCAUCUCUCACGAGUAGCUUGGCACCACCAACGCCAAUGUCGCCUAGGGAAAGACAAAUGUCUUUGAAAAGGGAAAAUUCAUCAUCUCAAGACAACUUGAACUACUUGUUCAACUUGCAAGGCCAUGAUGGUCUUCCCGCUUUGGUAGACCCCAACCAAGCUACCGAUCAAACACCACCAGAGACUCCACAAGCUUCGUUAGGACUUCAGCCAACACCGACAUCCGGAUGGCCCAACCACAACAAUCACCACAAUGCUGAGCAGCACUGGAAUUACGAAAUUCCAGAUGAUCCUCUCUACACACCCAACCACGAUUCUUUCGCCAGCGACCUAUCAAUGCCUCAUCCUUCGUACGCCAGUCAACCAGUAACGCCAGCUUUUGGUAGUUUCAAUCAAGGAGGCCUUCUCUUGGGUAAUAGUCAUGACUCCCCUCAAUUCAACAACAAUGCCAGUCCGUUAUAUACAUUGUCGAAUCAGGGUGGAUCUGCUGAAUAUUCGUUUCCGCAUGAAGGACUUCCACCAUUCCCAAAUCUUGGAUUGGUCGGCAGUUCUCCAACCAUGACGACGAAACAGAAACAAUAUCAGUUUUCUAAUGUUACCCCAGCUGACUAUUCGGAGAAAUGA